UGGAGGGAAAAAAUCACCAAACGCUGAAGAACAAGCAGUGAUUUCUGACCAGAACAACAGAGGUCCUAAAAUCUCCAGCAGCACUUUGGUGUCGAUUCAUCGAAGGAAUGCACCGGAGGAAUACGAUUACGUGAUAAUGAACUGGGAGAAGUUUAAUGACAGAGUUCCAAAAGAUGCUGUUAGAAUCAGAGAUGAAGAUGAAAUGUAUGUGUGCAGAAACACGGAGAAGAAAUGCGUGGUCGGCAUUUUGAAAGAGUCCAAAUGUGAGUAUGAGAAAGGGGAAGAAGGGAAAUUAGAUCAUCCAGACUCAUUUGAAGUCCUCGUGAACAAAGAUGACUUUGAAAGUCUUGAGUGGAAAAGAGUUACAUGCACUCAAGAAGUUGAAGAAGUGCGUGAAAACGCUGUCAAAAUCUGCGACGAUCAGAACUUGUUUGUCGGGAGAAAAAGCGAGGAGGCAAAGUCUUUGCCAGCAGAGAAGUCAGCUAAGAGAAAACAGCUUGAGAAGAUCUUUUCUAUUCAAAAAACAAAAACAAAAGAUAUGAAAAAACUAGAAUCAAAAACUGGACUUUGCAAGGUUCUGACUGUUUCGUAUGAAAAUGUAAAAGAACAGAAAAUAUCAGACUUUCAGUAUGAAGAGGAGAAAAAAAAAGAAACUAAUAUGGGCAUCCAAAUCCAGGAGACGAUUGUGGUUACCAACAAAAACAGUGUGGAAGCUACACAAACUGUUCAACCUACAAAAUCAACCAGCAAGGAGGAAAGAUGGGACCUGACUUACUCCAUUACCAAGGGAGUUAAACUCACAAUUGGGGGGGAUUCUGAAGGUUUUAAAGCAGCAUUUGAGCUUAGUUAUCAGUCUACAUCCACAGAGCACACGGGAUAUGCUUUUAAAAAAGAUAGCGGGACGAUGAGUUCUUCUCAGGUUAAGGUUCCACCAAAAAGCAAGUGCACAGUCCAUGUCAAGUCAAGCCAGCUCAUGGCUGAGAUUCCUUUUAAGACCAAACUCACUCGCUACUAUAAGAGAGGUGAACCUAAGAUAAAAGAAGUCUCUGGGACUUUUGUUUCAAGCAAUUUUGGACACACUGAAUUUGUGAUAGAGAAGUGUGAACCUCUAGACGGAAACGUGGCCUCUGCAGGAAGGGCUGACCCGAGGCAGGUGACAAUAAUACGAGAUCAACAACAACGAAUUAGGCAAGGCAGGUCUUUGUGAAACAAAUCUUCUGUAAAAGCAGAUACACAGUGCUUUAACUACAACAGGAAUAAAUGACCUCAUCCAUGA